UUUGAAGUUUCUGGAGUUAUGGCUAAAGCUGACAUCAAACCAAAAUCUGUCCAUCAUGCCAAAGAAUGGUCAGAUGUUGUAGAGAACUUAUACAGAUUUCAGCAAGCUGGAUACAGAGAUGAGGUUGAAUAUAAACAAGUAAAACAAGUUGAUAUGGUAGAAUGUUGGCCAGAAACUGGAUUUGUAAAGAAACUUCAGAGAAGGGACAAUACGUUUUAUUAUUACAAUAAGCAGAGAGAAUGUGAAGAGAAAGAAGUCUGUAAAGUGAAAAUUUAUGUGUAUUAG